AUGAGGUGCUGGAUUUAUCUGAUCGCUCUGGUAGGAGUGUGUUCCGCACAAUUUUUCAACUACUAUAACCCAUAUGCAUACUGCAGCAACCCUAUCCGAUUCCUCAAUCCCCCACACUGCUUCAACCUGCCGAAUUACUACCGGCCGCCUUAUGGUGGAGGAGGCAGCGGUUGGGGAAAUGGUGGCGGAAGCCGUUGGGGAGGCGGUGGAUGGGACCAUCACGAUCACGACCACGACCACCAUGACCACGGUGGACGAGGAGGAUCUGGUGGAGGCCGAGGAGGAUUCGGCGGCGGAGGUCGCGGUGGUGGUGGCGGACGCGGCGGCGGUGGUGGCGGACGCGGCGGUGGCGGCGGUGGCGGACGCGGCGGUGGCAGAGGUGGAGGUCGCGGCGGCGGUGGCGGAGGCGGUGGCCGUGGCGGCGGUGGACGAGGCGGUGGCGGUGGUCGCGGAGGAAGAGGAUAA